ACAAUCAAGAUUUUGGUGUUACAAAGAAAAGAGCUAAAUUAACGAAGGGAACUUCCAACUUUGUUGAAAGUGCUACCUAAACUCUGCUGAGUCAUUAAGAUGCAGUAAAACAUGUUUUGUUGAUACUGUAAGUUAUUUAAAUUAUUUUCCAUGUUUGUUAAUUGAAAGAAUGUUUCACAACGAUAUUUAUAGAUUAUAGAUUUAUAUACAAAGCAUAUGAUGAUCUUAUAAAAUAUGAUGUAAGUGGAUACAACUGUUAAAAUUACAACCUCAAGCAACUUUAACAUUAAAAAGGUUACACACCAGCGUUACCUAAUAAAAUACAGUAUAGAGCAGUACAGUAUGUAUGAGGAUAACGCACAGUUUGUCUGCAUUGAGAACUUUUCAUAUAUAAAGUGCCCUUUGAGAACAAUUCGUACUUUUUUAUCGCACACUUUCAACGCAGUACUCAAUGUAUUAACUAACGUUAGAGAAGUUUUACUUUAAAUCACCUGAACAGUUUUUCCACUAUCAGGACUUGAAGAUGAGUCACGACUCUGCGAUCGUCUGCUUGGCCUGUAUCUUAUUUCCGUUUAUCGAUUAGUCGAGUCCAGCUCUCAAACCGGAAGUGUGAGGAGCUAGCGAGCUUGCUAGCAGCAUGCAAGAUGGUGGCCACCAGGAGAGGAGUACGCGUGUGCUCUCCAACUAAAACAAACCCCGAGCAGUCCUCUGAUGUCCCGGCCACUCCUUCACUUGGUCGGAGAACCAGGGGCACUGCUAAACAAGCAGAGCCCCCGACCCAAAGUGCCCUGGUGGAGACCAGCAGCCAGCUGGAAAAAAGCGAGGGACAACUCCAAGCGUCUCCUCCUACCUCGCUGCUGAAAAGAUGCACCAGAGCUUCCAGACUCCACAGUCCAGAGCAGUCAUGCACACCUGUGGGCUCCGUCCACGAAGCGGAUCAGGAAGACUCCUGCUGCUCUGCGGUGUUUGACGCCAAACUACCAACAACACGCACCAGAGGGAGCAAUGUCAUAGUACUUCGGGAAGAUGAUGAGAUACCUGAGGUGGACUCCUGGUGCUCUCCGAUGGUUGAUGGCGAACUACCAAUGACCAGAGGGAACAGGAGAACGCAACGCAUAGUACUUCGGGAAGAUGAUGAGAUACCUGAGGCGGACUCCUGGUGCUCUCCGAUGGUUGAUGGCGAACUACCAAUGACCAGAGGGAACAGAAGAACGCACCGCAUAGUACUUCGGGAAGAUGAUGAGAUAUCUGAGGUGGAAUCGUGCUCUUCUGCAGUGUCUGCAUCGAAAGCUAGCCAAAGUGUCCGCCGGAGCACAAGGAGGAAGACGAUUCCAAAAAGCCCCGUGCCAGCUGAGGUGGGAGACGUCAAGGUCGAAUCGGUGUCCAAAUCCCAGAGAGUCGCCAGAAGUCAGAGAAAAACUGCUGGCCCCAGAUCAUCUGCCAAACAACAAACUGAAGACUCGGAGCUCUCAGAUGCUGACAGCUACGUGUCCAGCGUCUCCACCACCCGCAGAGCUACGAGAUCCAGAAGGCAAACCGGUCCGAUCCCCCUCCACCUAGACGAAACCUCGGAAGGCUCUCAAUCCCCCGCCCCGAGGGCUCGAAUGAGCCGGGCAGCCAAAGGGAGCGCGGCAGCUGCUGUAGACGUCAGUGAGCCCCAGUCCUGCGACUCUGAAGGGUUUGAGUCCGGGCCCACUUACAGUAUGACGACUCGUAGAUGGGGGAAGACCCGACCAGCCUGUCCCAAAGCCCUGGACUCAGACUCUGAGCCGGCUGACGGGCAUUCCCAGAUGGGCAGCCCCUGCACCACACGAAGCAAAGAGACUCCCUGCAGCAGCCGCACAGGCUCGGGGAGCAGCAGUCGGAGUGCUCGGGCCGCCAGGAGCUCAAUCAAGGACUGUAGUAUUGUUUUGGAAAAAACUAUGGAGGACACUUCAAUCAAUGAUUCCAUGUUAGAAAGAACAGUGAUCCUUGCGGACGCGGACUGCACACUGUUGGAAGGAGAUGAGAACCAACCAUUGGAAGAGAAAGAGAAAGAGAAAGAAGGCGUGGAUCGUACUGAUCUCACACCAACUGAGGCAGACACAAUGAGUGUGGAAAAGGGAGUAGUUGUCAUUUCAGAAGAAGACUCCCCCAGUUGGUCUCUCAAGAUAUCAGACAGUCCUGCUUGUGCUGAGGAAGCUGUAAUUACACCUGCAGUGACUGACAGACACCAGCAGGAGGAGCCGCGUGCUGAAAAUACGGACGGGGACGCCUCAGAGAAGACGGUGAUGCAGGAAACAAUCCAGCCAUCAGAGCCGUUAAAGCCUCAGCAAUCAGCUACAGCGACAUCGUGUGAAAGUGCAUCUGAAAUCACAGAGGAGACUGAAGAGAAGGAUGAAGCUAUGGAAGUGGCUCAUGUGGACGCCCACGCACCACAGGGAGAUGAGGAUGCUGCUGUGGAAACCGGGCCCAGUGAGGAGGAGAAAAUGGAAGUCAGCACAUUGAAUAUAGAUGCCCAGCAGGUGGUCGACUCCAAUGAGGUCCAAGUUGAGUCCAUUCAGGUGACAUCCAGCCAGCAGCAGAGUAUCACAGUGGAUUCUGACCCUGAACAGCAACCUAAAGAUGUCAUCGUCCAGAACACAAAAAUCAUCAGCCUGCUGGAGAGCAGCGAGGAUGAAGAUGAGGAGAGGGAAGUUUCUGGAGAGGUGGAGGAAGAUGAGUUCCCGGCAGAGGAGAGAGCAGGACCUUCCCAGAAGUGUGAAGCAGCAGCUGCAUCCGUUGAGGGACUGUUUAUGAUCGACACACGGCCCGGACAGGAGGCUGAUGAACAGUACUACAAGGAAAGGCCAACCGAGGAGCAGGAGAAGGCCACAAAGGAGGACAAAGUGGAGCAGGAGGAGCAAGAUGAGGAGUUUGUUGAUGAGGAGGGGGAUGAUGAUGACGAAGAUGCAGAAUUCCUUUUCUCGAGUAGAAAUCCUCAGUUGAAAGGGAUGUCCAGCCGUAUUGACCCUGGCUUCAGAGUGAAGGAGCUCGGGGGCUUAUACAUCAAUUUUGAUGGCAGCAAAUCAAAACCCGUCUCCACUUCACUACGAAAACUAAAGGAAAAGAAGAUCCAAGAUGAGGUGAUGAAGAAGAGUGUGAUAGGACCAGAGUUUGAGAAGAAGGAUGCAGUGCCGCCGUACAGUGAAUCCAAACGAGCCGUAAAGUUGAAAAACAGAACGGAGAGGGCGAAAUCAACAGGAGAUGGUUGGUUUAAUAUGAAAGCCCCGGAGAUCACACAGGAGCUGAAAGGUGACCUCCAAGUCCUGAAGAUGAGAGGCUCCAUGGACCCCAAGAGGUUCUACAAGAAGAACGACAGAGAUGGCUUUCCCAAAUACUUUCAGGUUGGUACGGUGGUGGACAACCCAGUCGACUUCUAUCAUUCCCGUGUUCCCAAGAGGGCGAGGAAGAGGACGAUGGUGGAGGAGCUGCUAUCUGAUGCCGAGUUCAGACACAACAACAAAAAGAAGUACCAGCACAUUGUGACGGAAAGAGCGGCACAAGGAGCUGGCAAGAGGAGCAAGAAGAGUAAAUUCCAUAAGAAGUAAAUACUUGAUGUGAUGAACACUGACUGAGGGACUUUUCAUAAAUACUGAUACAAUCAACUGCAGGAGGUGGGCUGGUGUUCCUGUUAGAAAUAGUCAGUGCUCUGUACAGUUACCACAAAGUGUGUACAUGCUUACAUUUACAACUGAAACAUUUUUUAAUCUAAUGGAACAAAUAUUCCAAUAAAUGUUGCUGCACAUUAAUCAUAGACUUUCUAGAUAUGCAUGCAUCAUGAACAUUAAAAUACUUAUCUUUUGACGGCCUUUGUUUGUAAAGGUUUCCUUUUAAUUCAACUAGCACCGUAAUAAUCUGCCUUGUAACAUGAUUUGUAGGAUUAAAUCUCAUCACUAAUGAUCAAAUCAGAAA